CCCACGGUGAACGAGCGGGACGCCGAAAACCACACUUCACAUGGUGAUGGGCGGCAAGAAGUCACCUCCCGUACUGGGCGCUCUGGAGCUCGAUGUAGAAACUCAAUAGCUUCCUGUGCAGAAGAACAGCCUCAUAUAGGAAACUACAGACUGCUAAAAACCAUCGGCAAGGGCAACUUUGCAAAAGUGAAAUUGGCGAGACACAUCCUUACAGGCAGAGAGGUUGCCAUAAAAAUAAUUGACAAAACGCAGUUGAAUCCAACAAGUCUACAGAAGCUCUUCAGAGAAGUAAGAAUAAUGAAGAUUUUAAAUCAUCCAAACAUAGUGAAGUUGUUUGAAGUCAUUGAAACUGAAAAGACACUCUACUUAAUCAUGGAAUAUGCAAGUGGAGGUGAAGUAUUUGACUAUUUGGUUGCACAUGGAAGAAUGAAGGAAAAAGAAGCAAGAGCUAAAUUUAGACAGAUCGUGUCUGCAGUGCAGUAUUGCCACCAAAAACGGAUCGUUCACAGAGACCUCAAGGCUGAAAAUCUAUUGUUAGAUGCGGACAUGAACAUUAAAAUAGCAGAUUUUGGUUUUAGCAAUGAAUUUACUGUUGGCAGUAAACUAGACACGUUUUGUGGUAGUCCUCCAUAUGCAGCCCCAGAGCUCUUCCAGGGCAAGAAGUACGACGGGCCAGAGGUUGACGUGUGGAGUCUUGGCGUGAUUCUCUACACUCUAGUCAGCGGGUCACUACCCUUUGACGGGCAAAAUUUGAAGGAAUUGAGAGAAAGAGUAUUAAGAGGGAAAUACAGAAUCCCUUUCUACAUGUCCACAGACUGUGAAAACCUUCUCAAACGCUUCCUGGUGCUAAACCCAAUUAAGCGUGGCACUCUAGAGCAAAUCAUGAAGGACAGGUGGAUCAAUGCAGGGCAUGAAGAGGAUGAACUUAAACCAUUCGUUGAACCAGAACUAAACAUCUCUGACCAGAAAAGAAUAGACAUUAUGGUGGGAAUGGGAUACUCACAAGAGGAAAUCCAAGAGUCGCUUAGUAAAAUGAAAUAUGAUGAAAUCACAGCGACGUAUUUGUUGCUGGGGAGAAAAUCUUCUGAGCUGGAUGCUAGUGACUCCAGUUCUAGCAGCAACCUUUCACUUGCUAAGGUGCGGCCAAGCAGUGACCUCAGCAAUAGCACCAGCCAGUCUCCUCACCACAAAGUGCAGAGAAGUGUUUCUUCCAGCCAGAAGCAGAGGCGGUACAGUGACCACGCUGGACCAGCUAUUCCUUCUGUUGUUGCAUAUCCAAAGAGGAGUCAGACCAGCACUGCAGACAGUGACCUCAAAGAAGAUGGAAUUCCCUCCAGGAAAUCUAGCAGCAGUGCUGCAGGAGGAAAGGGAAUCGCACCUGCCAGCCCCAUGCUUGGGAACGCAAGUAAUCCCAACAAGGCAGAUAUUCCUGAGCGCAAGAAAAGCCCUGCUGUCCCCAGUAGCAACCCAGCAUCUUGUGGAAUGACACGGCGAAACACUUACGUUUGCAGUGAGAGAACUACUGCAGACAGACACUCAGUAAUUCAGAAUGGCAAGGAGAACAGUCGCAAUGUGUCUGCUGAGCAAAAGGACGAAAACAAAGAAGCCAAACCUCGCUCCCUACGCUUCACCUGGAGCAUGAAGACCACGAGUUCCAUGGAUCCCAGUGACAUGAUGCGCGAGAUCCGCAAAGUGCUGGACGCCAAUAACUGCGACUAUGAGCAGCGGGAGCGCUUCCUGCUCUUCUGCGUGCACGGUGACGGGCAUGCCGCCGAGAACCUGGUGCAGUGGGAGAUGGAAGUUUGUAAACUGCCAAGACUGUCUCUGAAUGGCGUCCGGUUUAAGCGGAUAUCAGGGACAUCCAUAGCUUUCAAAAAUAUUGCUUCCAAAAUUGCCAAUGAGCUAAAGCUGUAACCCAGUAAUUAUGGUGUAAACUAAGUAGCAAUUAAAGUGUUUUCCUGACACUGAUGGAGAUGUGUAGAAUAAUAUUUAGGCAAUAACAUCUGCAUCUUCUAAAUCAUGACAUUGAAGUCCGAGGACAAGAGCACGCCUGGGAGCGAAAGCUGGCCUUUUCUACGAAUGCACUACAUUAAAGUCAUGUGACCUUG